CUUUGAGCGGUCACCGAAGCGGACACAUCCCUAAUGUCGAUAUGCCUCUCUCCGAGCACGGGCUAAAAGGAACCCACGCCAUCGACUCUCUGCUUUCCUGCCUUCGUCACCGACCCCGUUAGGGUUUCGCCCUUCACCCCACCCGGCGAUCUCCGCCGUCCGCCACCGCGAUGAACCACUCUGUCGGCUGUCACUGCGCGGUCUUCGUCGGGGGUCCGUCCAUGGCCGCGCCCCGACCAAGUGUUCGGCUUUCUAGCAACCCGGAUUGCUCAAGACCCUCCAAUGGGUUGAGGAGCCAUGUGGGGAGACUAGUAAAUUGUUCAAGAAGAUAUGCUGGCACUUUGGCAAUCUUCAUGGGGCCUCAGUUGGGGCACUUCAGCGGUACUUUGUCGGGCAGGACUAGUGGAGACAAAUUUAUCGGACACUCGUCAGGAGGUGAAACAGCAAUUACAUCGUAUGCAUGGUCAGACAAACAGAGGCCAAGAAUUUGUAUCUUAGGUGGUGGAUUUGGGGGCUUAUACACAGCUCUAAGGUUGGAAUCUCUUGUGUGGACUGAUGACAAGAAGCCUCAGGUUGUUCUCGUUGAUCAGUCUGAUCGAUUUGUUUUCAAACCGAUGCUGUAUGAACUACUGUCAGGAGAAGUAGAUGCAUGGGAAGUAGCACCUUUCUUUACAGACUUGCUGAAGAACACAAACAUUGAAUUUAUCAAGGAUAGAGUAAAGCUUUUAGACCCUUCUGAUCACUUAACAAAGGAACCUGGAAGUACAUGCUCUGGAGGAACUGUUCAUCUUGAAAGUGGAAUCAUCAUAGAAUAUGAUUGGCUGGUCCUAGCUUUAGGAGCUGAAGCUAAACUGGAUGUCGUUCCUGGAUCUGCUGAAUAUGCCUUGCCUUUCUCAACCUUGGAGGAUGCUUGUAGAGUCGACAAAAAAUUGAAGGUUUUGGAGAGAGAGAGGUUCGGAAAGGAUUCCUCUCCCAUUCGUGUGGCUAUUGUUGGCUGUGGCUACUCAGGGGUGGAGUUGGCUGCUACUAUCUCUGAAAGAUUACAGAAUAAUGGGAUAGUUCAAGCAAUCAAUGUUGAAACUACUAUAUGUCCUAAUGCCCCAUCUGGAAAUAGAGAGGCUGCACUUAAAGUUCUUCAAUCUCGGAACGUUCAGCUGUUCUUGGGAUAUUUCGUCAGCUGCAUAAAGAAGAUUUCAGAUUCUGAAGAUUUGGCCAAGGUGAUUGGGAUUGAAGAAGAAAUGGGUACUGAUACUGCAACCUGUGGAAAGAAAUUUAUUUUGGAACUUCAACCUGCACAAAGGGGCCUUCAGAGUCAAGUUCUUGAAGCUGAUUUGGUGUUAUGGACAGUAGGAUCUAAGCCUCUGAUUCCUCAGGUGGAUCCAUCAGAUUAUUAUAACAUGAUUCCACUGAAUGGUAGAGGACAAGCUGAGACAGAUGAAACUCUCCGCGUAAGAGGACAUCCAAGAAUAUUUGCAAUUGGUGAUUCAUCAGCUCUGAGAGAUUCCUCUGGCAGGAUACUCCCUGCAACUGCACAAGUUGCUUUUCAGCAAGCAGACUUUGCUGGUUGGAAUCUUUGGGCGGCGAUCAAUGACCGACCUCUAUUACCCUUCAGGUUCCAAAAUCUUGGUGAGAUGAUGACUCUUGGAUUGAGUGAUGCUGCCAUCACACCCAAUUUCAUCGACGGACUCACCUUGGAGGGUCCCGUUGGGCAUGCUGCAAGGAAGAUAGCAUACUUGUUCAGAUUGCCCACCGAUGAACACCGGCUGAAGGUAGGCAUGAGUUGGCUUGCCAAGUCUGCUGUUGAUUCGGUUGCUUUGUUCCAGACCACCAUUACCAAAGUCAUUACAGGUUCAUAGAUUCUUACUUUUUCUUAGAGUUUUGCUGUAUCUUUUUCAUGAAAUAAACAACUGUAUGCUUGUGCAUCUUGUCUGUGUUAUUAAUUGCACUCCUAUUUCUUGCCAUCAAAACAA